AUGCAACGCUUUUGCGGCGCGAUACCUCGGCGAACGGGAGUCCUUUUUGUGCGGCGGUUCCCGGCCGCACCGAUGCUCCUGCAGCAGUGGCGGCCCCUCACCACGACCCCGGCGCCCCCCUCUUCGGCGGCGGCGGCAAGUGGUGGCGGCAUUGGCGGCGAUGUGCAGAACACGGAGGACACGCACCCCGACUUCCAGCCCCGCGUGGUCAACACUGAGAUCGCGGCGGAUGAGAUCGCGAUGGUGAAGAAAGACAUCGACGACACCAUCAAGACGGAGGAUGUCGUGGUGUUCAUGAAAGGCGUGCCGGAGGCGCCCAUGUGCGCAUUCUCGAAGCGCCUCAUUGACGUGCUGGAGGCAUUUGGGCUCGAGUACACCUCCUUCGACGUGCUCGCCCACCCCGUGGUGCGCACGUACGUGAAGGAGGUGAGCCAAUGGCCGACGAUACCGCAGCUCUUCAUCAAGGGCGAGUUUGUCGGUGGUCUCGACGUUGUGCAGAAGAUGGUUGAGGUCGGCGACAUGCAGAAACUCAUGGACCAGAAGGGGAUUAGUUAUCGCAGCAGAUAG